AGAAGAGGCAGCUCAGCCUCAGCGCGCGCUGCUCGGAGGAACGAGGAAGAGCGCGUGCAGCAGCACUGUGUGUCUGGAGUGAGGCGCAGCGGUGAUUGCGCUGAAUCUGAUGGAUGUCGGGGACGAGAGAGUGAUCGCGCUGGUGGACAUGGAUUGCUUCUAUGUGCAAGUGGAGCAAAGAAUCAAUCCCGAGCUCAGAAACAAGCCCUGCGUUGUUGCGCAAUACAAGACCUGGAAAGGCGGAGGCAUUAUAGCAGUGAGUUAUGAGGCCAGAGGUCAUGGGGUCAGCAGGAACAUGUGGGCGGAUGAUGCCAGGAGGCUGUGUCCUGAUCUGCAGGUGGCCCGAGUCAGAGAGGCUCAUGGGAAGGCUGACCUCACCCCUUACAGGGAGGCCAGUGUGGAGGUGAUCGAGGUGAUGUCUCGCUUCGCUGUCGUAGAGAGAGCCAGCAUCGAUGAGGCAUACAUGGACCUCACCGGCAGCGUGCAGGACAGACUGAAGCACAUGAGCGUCCAGGACAUCACGCCGCAGCAGCUGAAAGGCACCUACGCUCAAGGCUUUCCGCAGACCAGUGAUCCGAGUGAGAGCGCAGCGGUAGAUAAAGAGGAGCGGCGGCUCCGGGGCCUGCAGCAGUGGCUGGAGCAUCUGUCCUCCGGCGGUCAGUCCUCGCGUGCGGAGCUGUGCUUGACGGUCGGCGCUCUGAUCGUGGAGGAGAUGAGGGCCGCUGUGGAGGAACACACUGGAUUCCGCUGCUCCGCCGGCAUCUCGCACAACAAGGUGUUAGCCAAACUAGCAUGUGGUUUAAACAAGCCCAAUCGCCAAACAGUUUUGCCACUGGGAUCCGUUCCAGAACUCUUCAGCACCCUUCCCAUCAGGAAAAUUCGUAAUCUGGGAGGGAAGCUGGGGACGUCCGUCACGGAGACUCUGGGGGUGGAAAACAUCGGAGAUCUCACUCAGUUCAGCAAGGUCCAGCUGGAGCAGCACUUUGGAGAGAAGACUGGGCCGUGGCUGUACGACUUGUGCCGAGGGAUCGAGUUUGAGCCCGUGAAGCCCCGACAGCUUCCCAAAUCUAUCGGCUGCAGCAAGAACUUUCCAGGAAAAACCUGUUUGGCUACACAACAGCAGGUGCAGCACUGGCUUCAUCAGUUGGCCCUCGAGUUACAGGAAAGACUGAACAAAGACCGAGAUAUGAACGGGCGGGUGGCCAAACAGCUGACGGUGGGCAUCCAGCAGGCUGGAGAUCGGAGUUUUUCUCGCUGCUGUGCUCUUGUUCGAUACGACGCUGUGAAGAUGACCUCAGACAGCCUGGCCAUCAUCAAGAGCCUCAACACCGCAGGAAGCCACCAGGAGGCGUGGUCUCCUGCUUUGACUUGUCUUCAUCUGUCAGCCAGUAAGUUCAGCGAUGUUCCCUCAUCCUCGUCCGGAGGAAUAGCAGGCUUCCUGUCCAGUGACGCACCUUCAACACAAUCGCGUCUAACCUCUACACAAACCCCCAAAACACAGCCGAGCCCCAAGAGCCCGGGGGCCAUCCAGUCUCUGUUUGAGAAAGCCGCUGAGAAGAAGAAACAGCGAGUGGAGGAAGAGAAAGAAGCUUCAGCUGGCAGACAGCAGCUCCGUACUGGCUGAAGACCGGAGCGAUUCGGCCUCUCCGUCUGGUGCGUCCCGUGAGGAUGUGAGCGCGUGCGAGCGCUGUGGACUGAAG